AUGGACCAGCAAAAUGCAGUUGUUGAUGCCUUGCCGUAUUUCGACAAAGGUUAUGGCGAGAGUGGUAUGCAGGAGGCCAACGCGUUGCUCACCGAGGAGAUGCGACGCUACCGACCCACAAAAAACUAUUUGGAGAACUUCCCAUCUUUAGCUGGUCCUAUUUCCACGAAGUUCGAGACCGAACUUGUGCGAACGGAGUUCGAUCGUCUUGCUAACCGACUGCCAAUGGAGUUGAUGAGCAUGAAACGCUAUGAAUUGCCACCACCACCAUCGGGCAAGAUGGGUGAUCUUCGUGCAUGGCAAGAGGCUAUUGAAAAUGCUCAUGCUCAACUGGAGCAUCAGUUGACACGUAUCAACAAUUUAGAAUUGAUGAGUGAAUACGGCUCUACUGCCUGGAAGUCUUACAAUGAAGAGCUAGAGAAAAUUCUUCGCAAGCACGAGAAGGACCUUUUGGAAAUGAGGUACGUUCGUGUUCUUUAUGCUUAA